AGAAGGAGAAGAAGAUCAGGAUGGUGAACGCAGAGCUUGCUCGUACCGUCGUCGGUAUCAUCGGAAACGUCAUCUCUUUUGGACUCUUCCUCUCCCCUGUGCCGACGUUCUGGAGGAUAUGCAAGAAGAAGGACGUGGAGGAGUUCCAGCCGUACCCGUACAUCGCCGCCGUGAUGAACUGCCUGGUGUGGAUCUUCUACGGCACGCCGAUCAUCACCCCGAACAGCGUCCUGGUCGUCACCAUCAACUCCGUCGGCCUCGCCCUCGAGCUCAUCUACCUCUCCAUCUUCGUCUACUACGACAGCCACAACAAGGGCCGCAAGAAGGUCUUCCUCGGCCUCCUCGGCGAGGUCGUGCUCUUCGGCGUCAUCAUCGCCGUCGCCCUCGCCGGCUUCCACACCCAGCACUCCCGCAACAUCACCGUGGGGAUCGUCGCCGACGUCUUCAACAUCAUCAUGUACGCCUCCCCGCUCGCCGUCAUGGCCAAGGUCUACAAGACCAAGAGCGUGGAGUUCAUGCCGCUCUGGCUCUCCGUCGCCAACUUCGCCAACGGCAGCAUCUGGACGGCCUACGCUCUCAUUCACGGGAUCGACUGGUUCAUUGUGGUAGUGAGCAAUGGGCUGGGAGCUAUCUUUGCGGUGGUUCAGCUGGUGUUUUAUGCCUACUUCUCCACCAAGUACGGUGGUGCUUCCAAGCCGGCGGAACCCAAGUCGGAGGUCCAGCUCUCUGACGUCACCACCACCGUUUGAAGUCGAAUAUGAUCACACGUCAACCAUCGUUGCCAUCCACAUCCGAAUUGUUGACUGUUUCGUUCAUUCCAUUUAUCACUUGUUACCGGGGUUUAUUUCUUUUACUGUUGAUUCGGCUGUAACUGUACGGAAGUUACUUUGAUCUUAGGCUACGCUGUAACUUUUUUU